GCACGCACCAACUCGGCGGUGCACGUGCCCCUACUGCUGGCAGCUGCCGGGCUUCUAGACCCAAGCGAAGGGGCGCAGUGGAGAGAGCACCGCCUCACGCAGGCUUGGUGGCAGCCGACGGUCGAGACGCUGCGGCUUGCUGAACCUGUGCCAACGGGGCCCUUCGUCCAGAUGCUCGCGUACACCGACGCCCGGCACGGGGAAGUACCAGCAGUGCUCGCUGCAGACGGAGGAGAACGCCGAGAGCAUUUAUCUUGCGCACCAGUCGCCCAGGCCGUGGCGCACAGCAGCACGGGCUACAUACAGCCGCUGGUGCAAGACCUCAUCCUCGAAGCGUUCGGCGGCCUGGUGCUCGCGAGGGGCGUGGACGCACGCACGGAGGAACUGCGCAGCCCCGCGGCGUGGGCGGCGGCCGAGCCGCACCCGCCCCUGCCGCCGCCGCAGGCGCCCCCAAGGGCAGAGAGAGAGGCGCUGGACGGGGCGGACUUGCAGGCAGCUCUGAGGCAGCGGGUGGCCACACUGCGGAGCGCGCCAGCAUUCCUCCGAGGACCCCUGCGUAACGCGCUGCGCCAAGCGCUCAGGAAGAUCCACGCAGGGGAGGCCAACGAAGCAAGCCAGCUCCGAGGCUGGAAGCUCCUCUUCCUGAUCCCACGCAUGCUGCUGAGCAAGGACCCCGGCGCCCGAAGGGUGCCCAAAGAACAGCUGAUGGAACGGUUUGCCCGAUUCGAGGCGGGCGACUGGGCGCCCCUGCUAGCCUCCCAAGCCCGAAGGCGUCGCGGAGGAGACCGCGGGCGGCCGCCGGCAGGGAGCGACGAGGAGCUUUCCCAGCGCUGCGCGAGGGCGCACGCCUUGGCACAGCAAGGCGAAGUCUCGGCGGCGCGCCAGGCCCUCACGGCCAGCACGAUCGCGCCAGGAACCGAGGCCACGCUGGCGGAGCUGCGGGACCCAGCACGACGGCUCGCCGAACCGCGGGAGCCGCUGAGAGCGGACCUGGCAGCGUUGGCCCCGGAGCCCCUCUUCCUCGAGUCCGACAAGCUCCUCCGCAACCUCCGCGGCUGCCGCAGGGGCGCCGCCCCAGGCCCGUCGGGCUUGACCGGCAACCACCUGCACUGCGGCAUCGGAGUCAACAUGGGCAAGACGACGGUCUGGAACGCAGCAGGAGUGGAGCCACCAGGAAUCCGAGAGCUAGGCACCGAGCAAGACCGCGUGUGGGUCGGAGACGCAGCCGCACUGCCACGCGAGCAGGGCUUGGUGGUCCUCGGCACGCCCAUCGGGCACGAAGGAUUCGUCCGCCACUACACGCGCUCCCUGCUGGCAGACCACCGCGUUCUCCUGCACCGACUGAGCCAAGUUGGUGACCUCCAGACCGCCUGGCUGCUCCUGAGCAUGUGCGCCAACCCGCGGGCCAAUUUCUAUUUGCGCACCAUGGCACCUGAGGACACGCUCGAGUUCGCGGCGGCCCACGACGAGCACAUGGCGCAGGCGGUCACGGACCUCCUGGGCACCCCUGAGGACCAGGUAGCCGCAGGACAGACGGCCAGGGAGGUCGCGCAGCUCCCGCCCUGCCUCGGCGGCUUGGGCUUGCGCUGCGCUGCCCGCAUGGCGCCCGCAGCGUGGUGGGCCUCUUGGGCAGACUGCCUGCCGAUGCUGCGAGACCGCGCGCCGGCUCUGACCGCGGACAUCUGCAGGGCCCUCGACGCAGGCGCGGCCGGGCUCCCACCAGGGCUCCGCCAGGCGGCCGAGGCGCGGCGCCAGCUGGCACAGGAAGGCUACGAGACGCCCACCUGGACGGCGCUGGCGCUGGGAGAGCGCCCCCCGCACACGCAAGACAGGGAGAUGGGCGAGUGGGCGCACGGCUGGCAGUUCUGGGCGGCCCGGGCAAGAGACGACCGAGCCAGGGAGGGCCUCAUGCAACGCAUGCACGCCCCGGAGCGCGCCCUGCUCCGCUCCCAGAGCGGCCCGUGCGCCGGCCGCGCGUUCACGGUCUUGCCCACGAGCGAGCCCAUGCGGAUUCCACCUUCAGAGUUACGCGUCCUCCUCCUGCGCCUCCUGCGCCUUGACUUACCAUUCACGGCAGGCGCGUGCAGGUGCAGAGCACGACUCGACAGCAGAGGAGACCACAGCGCGGCGUGCCCCACAGCCGGCGUCCUCAAGAAGCGGGGAGCACCCCUGGAGAAGGCGACGGCCCGCAUCUGCCGCGAGGCGGGGGCGAGAGUGGUGGAGAACCAGUUCCUGCGGGACCUCAACGUCGACGGCGUCGGCGCGGGCGACGGCAGGCGGCUCGAGGUGAUCGCCAACGGCCUGCCGCUGUGGGGCGGCGCGCAGCUGGCCGUGGACGCCACGCUGGUCUGCCCGCUCGGCCGGGACGGCACGGCCCACCCGCGCACGGCUGACGAGGACGGGGCGUGGCUCCGCGAGGCCCGCCGCCGCAAGGAGACCACCUACCCAGAGCUCCUGGACGCGAGGCGCUGCCGGCUCAUGGUCAUGGCCGUGGAGGUGGGAGGCCGGUGGUCCCAAGAGGCCCUCCAGUUCGUGCGCCUCUUGGCGGAUUGCAAAGCCCGGUCGGCGCCCGAGCUUCUGCGCGCCUCGGUACGGGCGGCUUGGAUCCAGCGGUGGACAGGCCUCGCCUCGGUGGCGGCGCAGCGGGCCCUCGCAGCCUCUCUGCUACACCUGCCCCUGGACGCCCUUGCCUGCGACGGCGACGAGCCAUGGCUGCAAGACGUCCUGGCGGACGG